CCACCACCCCUCCAUUUCUGUCUCUCUCCCCGGAAAAAAUUCCCUCGCCUCCUCCCCCGCGGCGACGACGACGCCGCCCCGAAGCUUCCAGAAGCUUCCAGGCUCGGGCCGCGUCCUCCCCUCCCAGAUCGCCCGCCUUCGCGGGUGGGGAUGCGGCGUGCCCUCCGGUAGGAGCGGAGCUGCGGCGGCGGCGGCGGAGGAGGAGGAGGGUGGUGGGAGCGGGGCGGGGCGGGCUAGGGUUAGGGAUCGUGGGGGAGGCUGCCGUGGUGGGGGGGAGGAGGAUGCAUAUGAUGCGGCGGCUCAAGAGCAUCGCCUCCGGCCGCUCCUCCGUCUCCGAUCCGGGUGGUGACUCUGGCACCAAAAGACCAAAAUUUGAUCAGGAUGGAGCAGGAGAUAUUGUCAUUGAGCCGCAUCUAACUGAUGACAAACCUAUGCGUGUAGACCAAGAACCAUCUUCAUCUCAUAGAGAUGCGGAGGCAAGCACAUCUACUAGUAAGAAUCCCGGUAGAACAGAAGAGGCAGGUGCCAAUAUUCUUCCAAAAGAAAUGAAUGAUAUGACAAUAAGUGAUGAUAAAGUCGAUGGCCGUAACGAUAAGGAAUCUGAAGGUAUUAUUGUUAAUGGAACUGGAGCAGAAACAGGUCAGAUUAUUGUGACAACAAUAGGAGGUCAAAAUGGGAAGCCAAAGCAGAAGGUAUCGUACAUGGCAGAACGUGUAGUUGGUACUGGCUCAUUUGGUGUAGUUUUUCAGGCCAAGUGCUUGGAAUCUGGAGAGACUGUUGCUAUUAAGAAGGUUCUGCAAGAUAAAAGAUAUAAGAAUAGAGAGCUUCAAACAAUGCAAUUGCUUGACCAUCCUAAUGUAGUCCAGCUAAAGCAUCACUUCUUUUCGACAACUGAGAGAGGCGAAGUUUACCUCAAUCUUGUUCUUGAAUAUGUCUCAGAGACAGUUUAUCGUGUUGCUAAAUACCACAAUCGUAUGAACCAGCGUGUGCCCAUAUUGCAUGUUAAGCUGUAUGCAUAUCAGAUGUGCCGUUCCCUUGCAUAUAUCCAUCGUGUUGUUGGUGUAUGCCAUCGAGAUAUUAAACCUCAAAAUCUACUGGUCAAUCCUCAUACUCAUGAACUGAAGCUUUGUGAUUUUGGGAGUGCUAAGAAAUUGGUUCCCGGUGAACCUAACAUAUCAUACAUUUGCUCGCGGUAUUAUAGGGCUCCUGAACUAAUAUUUGGAGCUACAGAGUAUACCACAGCAAUUGAUAUCUGGUCUGUUGGUUGUGUACUAGCUGAGCUUCUGAUUGGUCAGCCUCUGUUCCCUGGAGAAAGUGGUGUUGAUCAACUGGUGGAAAUAAUAAAGAUUUUGGGUACACCAACUAGAGAAGAAAUCAGGUGCAUGAAUCCAAACUAUUCCGAAUUCAAAUUCCCUCAGAUAAAAGCUCAUCCAUGGCACAAGCUUUUUGGUAAGCGCAUGCCACCUGAAGCUGUUGAUCUUGUGUCAAGGUUGCUGCAGUACUCACCAAAUUUGCGCUGCACAGCUGUUGACGCUUGUGCACACCCAUUCUUUGAUGAGCUGCGGGACCCCAAGACCUACUUGUCAAAUGGUCGACCGUUACCUCCCUUGUUCGACUUCUCAGCGGCUGAAUUAGAAGGCCUUCCUGUUGAGCUAGUCCACCGGAUCAUUCCUGAACAUAUGAGGAAGUGAAAUGGCGUGGCAGGAAAACACAAAUUCCGUUGUUAGUACAUACAGCGGAUAGGUGCAAUUGAUAUGCUUGAUGCAAACAUCCAUAGCUUAUGGAUGGAUCCGGAGUAGACUAGAUUCACUGCCUUGCUAGAUGCGAAAGAAGGAUGCUGUAGAAGUUCCUUGUGAGCGCUUCACAUAAAGAGCGAGGGAGUAAUGCAGUCUGCUACUCUGAUGCAAUUCCAAGAGGUAAUGAUCAUCUGAGAUCGGCACGGCAACUCACACAUCUUCGUCAUGUGCCACCAGAGACGUUUAUGUACUAGGCUAUUGUAUUAUCAGGUACAUGCAGAGUUUGCAGUUGUUUGUAGACACUUGUUUCCCUGAACAAGCGAUGAGAGAAUGCAGAUUCCAAAAAUGCUUGCUUUGCUAUCAUGAAAGCCUUACCGGAAUAUGUCAAUUUUGAUUAGUGCACGCCUUUGCGUUAUGUUCAGAAGUCUCAUGUUCUC